AUGAUGGCGCUCCUCUGCCCCUCCGCCACGGCGCUAGUGCUACUCGGCGGUCAACGCCACGGCGCGACCGCGACGCCGCGCGCUACGCCGCCGCGCCUCGCCGCUCUCGAGCGGGUCGCGGUGAGCGUCGGCGAUGCUGCGUCGGCAGCAGCCUUCUACGAGGCGACGCUCGGGCUGGUGGCGACGGCGGACGCCACGACCGACGACGGACGGCCGCGCCACCUCCUCGGCGGCGGCGGCAGCCUCCAGCUCGAGCUCCGGGAGGGCGGCGCCGAUGGCGCCGCCGCUGGCUACAGCGCAGAGGGCGGAUACCGCGGCCUGGUUGCUCGGGUGGGCAACGUGGCGGCCGCUGUGGCGGCCGCGCGGGAGAACGGCGGCACCGUGCUUUCCGAGAGCGCCACCGUUGAGCACGGCCCCUCCUCGAAGCCGGAGGAGGGAGUGGACGUGGUCACUGCUGUGACGCAGGCGACCGUCGCAGACCCGGCUGGCUACCCGCUCCUGCUCUUCGAGGCGGGCGAGGGAGAGGGAGGCGUGCUCUGCGCCGCGCGCUGCGACGUGACCGCGUGGAAGGCGAGCGAGGACUGGUGGCAGCGGCGCGGCCUCGAGACGCUGCGCUGGCAAGCCAACCUGCCGAACGAGGCUUCUAUCUCGCGUGACACGAUUGCGAGCCCGCGGCCGCCUCUGCGUCUAGGCGACGAGGCGGUGCUGCAGCUGCGGUACGUCUACUCGGCGGCGGACGUGCAGCAGGCCGGCGGGCUCGAGGCGCUGGUCGUCUCGUCGCCCGGGUGCGGCGAGGAGGGGGUGGAGGAGGGGAAGGAGCCCGACGGGUAUCCUGUCGUCUUCCGCGAGUAG